GUCGAGUGUAUUUUGAUCUAAGCACGUUCCGGCAUUUAAAUAUUCAUAAAGGCGGUAUGGUGAUACAUGAACCAGUGUUUUGACUCGUGUCUAAUAAAAUUUUGUUGUUAAAAUAAUGCGGAGUCGCGUUUUUCUUGGUUAUAUUUCACGUGAGGAGUGAAUGCCCUCGGACAAAAACUUCUUUGAUAAUUAAGAUAUAUGGAAGAUUUCGUUUUUAGUUUUAUUUCAAAAGUUUUGAAACUUUCUAAACUAACAGUUACGAAAGUCCGCCCUGUAUCAAGAAAUGACAAUAGAAAUUAUGUUAUCGGUUUUUCGAAUCAUCUAGCGAUAUUAUCCAUGAUUUAUUGUAUAUUCCCUUUCAACUUUUGGUAGAUAUUCUAUGUCCAGAUGUACCAAGAACUUGCUUCAAGAUAAUGUUCUACUGGGCUUGGAAUUUCUUGCUAAAGCUCUUGGUAGUUUAUUCCUAUCUAGGGAUAAGGACCGUUUUCCCACUCAUCUUCUUGUCUACAAGUACUCAACGUCGUCCUUAAACAUCAAUCUUUGGCCCAGAAUGACUCUCAGGUGUAUGACCUGGUAAUUCAUUCUUUUGCAAAUGUAGCCAACUCUAGUACACCAUUUUGUUGAUGAUAGCUACCACGAAUACCACUCCUUUUGGUGAUCCAGCCACUCUUUUUCUGUUGUUGCUCCAGUUGAUUUUGUUUCUUGUUAUUUUCACGUUCUUUUCGUGGGUCUUCUCCAUUUAAUGAUGCUUCUUGUCGUCAAGUGGGUCUACAGUUUCCUAAAGUUUCCUAAAGUCCUAAAGUAUUUAGUUUAUCUUGGGGAUGUGGAUAUUAUUUCAGUAGGUAUUUAAAGGGGUCGUAGGUGUUACUAAGUUUGCUUGGUACCUCCCGAGUUUUCGGUUCGGAUGAUGCAAAUUAGACGUAAAUUUCCAUCUUGGUCGUUGAUCUUCCAUAUCCUGGUGUCUUCUGGUCUAAUUCGUCUAGCCUAUUUUCAAUAUUUGUCUUAGUUGCUUCUUAACAUCUCCAUCCAGUCCUUUUGGCUCUUUUUUUAUUUCUAUUUUAACUUUGAUGACUUCUCUUAGUUGUUCACUCUUUUUAUAUUCGUACUUUGUUCUAUUGCUUUAGUGUGACUUAUGUCCAGAUGUGUCAGUUGAUUUUCAAGAUCUACUACAUCGUAAUGGACGAUAUUUGUUGUCCAUAGUUUAAAAACGAAUUAUUUUUCCAUUGAAUUUAUAACUUCGAACUAGCUUAGUAUGUUGUAUUUAUUUCUAGUACUGGAUGUAUAAAUUUCGGAAUAUUACUGUUGAAACAAACGAUCCAAAUCACAGGUCAGUUCUACAAUCGAAUUUCGCUUCGGGGACAAAUGUAGCUAUAUCAAUACCGACAGUGAUAUGCAUGACGCUAGCAGUGAUAUUUGCCUAUAAAAUCAGGGUGAAGAUCAGAAUUUUGGUUUCCCUGUAUAUCCUAGCAAUUUGUUUCGUUGUAUCAACGGCUUUUAUCAAAAUGGAUACGGAUCAUUGGCAAACCGGAUUUUUUGCACUUACCAUGGCAAUUUUAGCGGUAAUGAAUGGAGUCCUUGCGUUAUUCCAAGUAAGCUCCUUAGCGCUUUUGGCGAAGUUUCCUCCAAUUUACAUGAAGACUUUUCUCAUAGGACAAGGAAUCGGCGGCAUUUUUUGUUCGGCUCUCCAAGUUCUUGCACUUUUCAUAGGUACUUCAUCUGAAUCGUCAGCGUUAGUCUACUUCGUCUCCGGAACGCUUCUAACCACUUUAACCUUAAUGCUCUACCACAUCAUCCAUCAACAAACCUAUUAUAGAUCCAUAAUCGAUAACGCUUUAGAAGACACCAAAAAAGAUUUGAUCACGUUCAAAGAAGUCGUGUUUACGUCCCAAAAAAUUUGGUCCAGUUUGGUGAUUGUUAUCGCUGGGGCUCUCGCUUACGUCCCAACCCAUCCAUCUAUAGCCGCGUUGGUUGUAUCGGAAUUUAAGACGAAUUUUACAGAAAGGUACUAUGUAGCUGUAGUGACGUUUUUAUUCAGUGACAUUUGCUGUAUUAUUGGAAGAGUAUUAGCUGCGUCUAUAAACAAGAGGCCUCGUCCUUCUGUACUUGCCCUCCUCUCAGUAAUCAGAAUGAUCGUUUUCGUGCCUCUGUUCAUAUUUUGCAACGCUUAUCCCAGAAAACAUUUGCCUGUACUAUUUCCGCACGACUGGCAAUAUAUUAUUAUACUGGCCAGUUUUAUGAUAUCGAGCGGGUAUUUUUUCAACGUAGCGUUUUUAAAUGUUAUCAGGUUGGCGCCUGAAUGCGAGGAAAACUCUUAUCUAAUAAUGCAGACAGUAAUCGGUAUUGUGGGAGCAGUAUUUUCGCCUCUAGGAGUAUUAUGCGUUAAUUUAUUAUAGGCAAUUAAAUAUGUAGCCAGAUUUUAUAAAAAUCGACUAAAAAUAGGUCCAAACAAAUUGUAGAAAUGUAUAAAUGAAUUCGUGAUUUGUUAGGUUAUGUACACCGCUACACUCACAAUUACACCUUCUAACUAGCGUUUCGGAACCAAGUUAUCCUCUUCAGAUAAAGAAACAAACCACGAUGUAAUUGUGAGUGUGGAUGUAGUGAAGUCUCGAAACGUUGUUAGAUAUAUUUAGAAUGAUUCGUUUUCACGCCUAAAAGAUUUUUUUUAGAUAUUUCUAUGAAUGAAUUGGAAUUUUUAUUGAAAUUUUUUAAUGUGCUGAUGCGGUUCGAAUUAUUAUAAAAUCAUGUUCCUAUAUGUUCUUGAAUUGGUUCAGAAAUUUAUCAGAAACAUUAUUAGAAGUGGAGCUGAUAUAAUAUGGAAAAAAUCAAUAUAUUUUGGUCAGUUUCUCGAGCAUAGCUUGUCAUAGGUCAUAAAUAACACGAACAGUAGUGAUCUUUAUGAUGUCAUAGUGACUAGUGAUUUCAACAUAAAUAAUCGAAAGAUGUCACGUGGCAUGACAUCGAAAUAAAAUUUUUAUGUCAUGGUUGGUUACGGUCUUCUUUUUUCACAAAUAAAUCACUGAUUAAGUUGAGUAACGAUCUAGGUUGAACUUGGGGCGAUCUCUAGAUUUGUGUUUGAAGGAAUAAGGUUUAGUGAAACAACCCACGCUCGACAUACGUGACCAUGGACUAAAAAAAAACAGUUUCUACUACAUGACAACAUGGUUGUCGUUUUUCGUGAUAUUAAAGCAGAGAUAGUGCGCAACGACUAUGCAAAACGACGUACUCACUAUUGCCAACGGUUACCUGGUCGUGAAUCUAACGCACUUUCAUCGUCUAUGAUAGUGCGUUUAAAGGUCAAAUGAAAUUUGGUUGCCAUUACGGUUGGAAACAAUCAAGGUCAGUUUUGUUACCAGACGUGUAAACCGUUCCGAACUGUGGAUGUUUUUGGAUAUAAUUGAGUCUGUAGAGUCGCUUUCCAACUGAUCUAGGGGCCCAAUGAUCAAACAACCUAUUAUAUGAUAGUCUUCUGGCUUUAAUUCUGACACUAGAUGGACAUUAUACGAAUGUAGGACGAGAUAUUUUCACAAAUACAUUUGUAUUUUCUUGACAAACUCGUUUAUUUCUUGUUCAUGGUUGCCUGGAUAUUUUGUACCUUCAAUUUUUUUCAUAUAUUAUGUCAGCUUCUUUAUUUUUAAGUACGAAUAUUUAUACUAUUGAAUUGAUCCCCAUCUUUUUAUCGAAAAUUGAAUGGAUUUCUAUUUAUACUUAUUUAUUUAAGAAAAAUUUGUACAUUUUUAAAUAAAAAUCUACCUUUGGGAA